AUGCCAUCAGACGAGGCCAACACCGCGUCCGCCGCCAUCAACAAGACCGUGGAUGUGGAAGCCCCGUCACUCGCGGUCCCAUCCAAAACCUUGACCAAUCAUGGCAACAGUAACGUCCAAAACGGCAAGAGGAAACACCCUCCGAUAUCUUCUAUUCCCCACACCACCCGCUCUCGCCUAGCCGCCGCCUCUCCCCCAAACAUCCCGACGACCUACAUACCCGCCGCCACCUUCUCGGUCGACUCGUCUCCCGAGGCCGACGCCGCCGCGGCGGCCAACACGGUCCUCUACCUGGCCUAUGGCAGCAACCUGUGCGCCCAGACGUUCCUGGGCAUGCGCGGGAUUCGACCGUUGUCGCGCACCAAUGUUGCCGCGCCUUCGCUCCGCCUCGUCUUUGACCUGCCGGGCAUGCCCUACGUCGAGCCGUGCUUUGCCAACUCGGCCCCGAGGAAGCUGCCCAAGGUCCCCGGAGGAGGCAACCCACCGCUCCCCAUCCCGGAGAUACCCCCACGCGGUAGCCGCUUCGAAACCAACAGCCACGGCGACCCCGUCUGGGACAAGGGUCUGAUCGGCGUCGUGUACGAGGUCACUCGCGAGGACUACGCCAAGAUCGUGGCCACCGAGGGCGGCGGCUCGUCUUACCAAGACAUACUCGUCCCCUGCCUCGAGCUGCCGCCGUCCGUCUCGGUGCCCGAAAAGCCGUCCCCCAUCCCGGAGCUGCCCAAGCCGUUCCUCGCACAUACGCUCUUCGUCCCGCCAAAGAUUGCCGACGCUGAGCAAGACCCCGACCAGCCCAAGAAGCCAGAGAUGCCCUGGUACGCGCGCUUCCUGGGCCAGCGCCGCCGCCCGGACCCGGACUAUGCCCAGCCGAGCCUGCGCUACCUGAACCUGCUGCGCGAGGGCGCGCGGGAGCACGACCUGCCCGCCGACUAUCAGGCCUGGCUGGUCGAGCUGCACCACUACGCCAUCACGACGACUCGGCAGAAGAUGGGACGGUGGGUGCUCAAGCUGGCGUUGUACCCGGUGCUGAUGAUGACCUUUGUGCUCGGGCGGCUGUUUUCCAACGAGCGAGGAAUCCAGCCGCUGUGGCUGCAGGUCUGGACCGGCAUGGUUUUUACUGUAAUCUGGAAGCUGUACGACGCCGUCUUGCAGCCCUUGUUUGGUGACGGCGAGCGGACAAUGGUCAAGGAGGACAAGGCAAGAAAGAAUCCGGCCCUGGACCUGGUGGUUGAGAAGCCCAGGAGGAGACUAAGCAUCAAUCAACCGCUCGAGGCUGACGAGGAGAAGAGACCAUUGUUGAAAUAUGCACGCUGA